UCAAAUCUUUGAUAUAUAAUCUCACAUAUUAUAUACAAAAAUCACAUUUGAACUAGGUAUUUGAUUUUCAAAAAUAAAAGGGCGGUUCUAACGCCAGUUCGUCUUUAACAAUGUCCGGGAUCUUGGAUAUAACGACAAGUCAAUAUUCAGAAGAUGGGGAUGACCCUACAACAGCAGAAGCAAACAACACUACGCAGCAUAUUCUUACUUCUUCAUCUUUCCCGAAUGUUUAUGAUGGGUGGCGAUUUGACGGCGUCAGUUUUCUUAUUGGUUUAAUUAUUAUGAUGGUACCGUUGGCCAUGGUGAUAUGGAAACUGCUAUUAUACCGAAAACAGGCAAUGAAUAUUGAAAUUGAGGAGGACGACCCGGUAGAGAUGAGAAGAUAUGAAGAUAUUCCGGACAUGAUGCCCGAAAAGGAGAACGAAGAAUCAAAUGCGAAUGCCCAAAGCAAGGCUGAAUAUGAAAACGUCGUCAGAUACGAAAUACCUAUAGGGAAAACUCCAAAUAUGAUAGAUAGUCCUUACGAGUCUUACACUAACAAUUCUGUGUCCGAAUUUUAACUUUGGAUGCUGUAGUGAAACCCAGGAGGGGAACCGAAGAGGAAGUUGGACCGUUUUCUUGGCUGUUAUCAAUCUAAACAUUACUACUAUACUAAAAUGAUAUAGAACUAUAAUUUACAAGAUGUAGCAAGAUGCACGCUAAUAAAAUAACACCCAAUACUUGUUUUGCCGCGUGGCUUAAAAAUCAGAUCGCUUGGUGAUGGUGGCACGGUGCUCACAUUAGGCAAAACUAUUUCAAUUUCAUCACAGGUGCUGCUAGAGUACGAGGUCUACGUCAAUAUACGACCUACAAAAGCUGGAGUUAGAGUUAGAAAUAAUUGAUAUUUACUUAAAAAAAACGGUACUAUCGAAAUAUGGGAGCCAAGAUGUCGGACAACGGAUCGUAGUAUGUGUACCACGUUAGGGUUAGGCAAUAAUUUUAGG